GCGGGGAUUGGCUGUUGGCGGCGUUGUAGCUGAGCUCGUGUGCGGCGGCGGUGUUGGCGGCAGCGGCGGCGGCAGCAGCGGCAGCAGCAAAGCGUUUAGCGCGAUGUCUCACACCAUUUUGCUGGUGCAGCCUACCAAGAGGCCAGAAGGCAGAACUUACGCUGACUAUGAAUCUGUGAAUGAAUGCAUGGAAGGUGUUUGUAAAAUGUAUGAAGAACAUCUGAAGAGAAUGAAUCCCAAUAGCCCCUCGAUCACGUAUGAUAUCAGUCAGUUGUUUGAUUUUAUCGACGAUCUGGCAGAUCUCAGCUGCCUUGUUUACCGAGCUGAUACCCAGACAUACCAGCCUUAUAACAAAGAUUGGAUCAAAGAGAAGAUCUACGUACUCCUUCGUCGGCAGGCCCAACAGGCUGGGAAAUAAUUGAGUUGGAAGCAUUAGGGCACAGGGGGUGGGCUUGGAACAAAGGUGUGUACAAUGUGCUAUAGUGGGAGUUUGUAUUAACAGUAAUGCUGUUUCCAUUUUGUUACAGUCUAGCCAAGAGCGAAUGUAUUAGAUGAAAUGAGGAUCUUUCUAUUGAAGGCCCUCAUUGUAUCUUUUUUUUUUCUUUUUCUUUUUUUUACUUAAACAUUUUUAUGAUGAUUUAGAUGGAAGUUGUUCAUUGUCAGUUAAUGUUGGUUCCAGUCCUUCAAACUGUUCCUAUCUACUUUAUAACAUUCACAAACUAACCCUUCAAGAUGGGGUGGGGUGGAAACAAUUUAGUUAUGUACUCAGAUAAAGUCUUAGUGCAAAGUAAAUAAAUGUUGUUUAGUUAUAUUUUC